GAAAUGUUGAAACGUCAUUAUGAGGAACCAAAACGUAUAAAUACUGCAUAACUGCUCAGUAACCACCACUGGCAAUAAAGCUGCAUCAAAGAAAUGGCAUUGAACAUGGAAAAAGACAUCAAGGGGGCGAAUCUCAGUGAAAACCAAGGCCCGAGGAACAAUCAUGAACACCAACCAAAAUGUUCUGCGGAUGUUAUUGACAACGUCCGUCUCAAUGAUCCUGGUGUGGACCCACUGGAAGCAGAGAACUUCCUUCGCCAAACCAUGGCCAUGAUUAUGGAGGAAGCGGUGAAGAAGGCCAUCGAUGUUAAAGAAAAGGUUUGCGAGUGGCAGUCCCCCGAGCAGCUGAAGGAAUUGCUUGAUCUGGAGCUAGGAGAAGGAGGGGAGUCCGAGUCCAAGAUCUUGCAGCGCUUAAGAGACACCAUCAAAUACAGCGUCAAGACCACCCAUCCUCGUUUCUUCAAUCAGCUCUACGCUGGGAUGGAGCCCUACUCUCUGGGGGCAAGUUUCAUUGCUGAGGCCCUCAAACCCAGUCUGUACACAUAUGAGGUGGCUCCAGUCUUUAGCCUCAUGGAGGAAGCUGUGUUGAGAAAGAUGAUGGAGCUGGUGGGCUGGGAGGAAGGAGGUGAUGGGAUCUUCAAUGCAGGUGGUUCGAUGUCCAACAUGUACGCCUUAAAUUUGGCAAGGUACCGUCACUGUCCAGACAUUAAAGAGCGUGGGCUCUGUGCUUCCCCACGACUCGUUCUAUUCACAUCACAGGAGUGUCAUUACUCUAUUUCCAAAGCCGCAGCUUUACUGGGAAUCGGCACUGACAAUGUCUGUGCGGUGCUUUCUGAUGAAAGGGGAAAGAUGAUUCCUUCUGCUCUGCUGGAGCAAAUAGAAUCUGCUAAACGUGAGGGUGCCGUUCCCUUCAUGGUAAACGCCACAGCAGGGACCACGGUGCUUGGAGCGUUUGAUCCCAUCGAAGAAAUCGCCGACAUCUGUGAGAAGCACAACCUGUGGCUGCACGUGGAUGCAUGCUGGGGAGGAGCAGUUCUUGUAUCUAAGAAGCAUAAACACUUGGUCAAAGGCAUCCACAGAGCUGACUCUGUUGCCUGGAAUCCUCACAAGAUGUUGAUGGCAUGUCUGCAGUGCUCCGCUUUCCUGGUCAGAGACAAAACAAGUCUCCUCCAGCGCUGCCACUCUGCUCGGGCCUCCUACCUCUUCCAGCAGGAUAAGUUCUACGACGUCAGCUAUGACACUGGGGACAAGUCGGUCCAGUGCAGCAGGAAACCGGAUGCCUUCAAGUUUUGGCUCAUGUGGAAGGCUCUGGGAAACAAAGAGCUGGAGCGAAGGGUGGACCGAGCGGUCGCCAUGGCCAAGUACCUUGCACAAGAAAUCAAGAAAAGAGAAGGAUUUCGUUUGGUGAUGGAACCUGAAUACACAAAUGUUUCCUUCUGGUACGUUCCACCGAGUCUGAGGAACCUCCCCGACAGCCCUGAACUCUGGAAGAAGCUCCAAGGGGUGGCUCCGGUGGUGAAAGAGCGCAUGAUGAAGAAGGGCAGCAUGAUGAUUUGCUACCAGACCCACGGCGACAAACCCAACUUCUUCAGGAUGGUGGUCAUCAACCCUCAGGUCAGCAGGGUGGACAUGGACUUUGUCCUGGAUGAGAUACACAAUCUGGGAAAGGACUUGUGAAGAAAGACUCACCUGACAGCAACAGAUUUGGUCAUCAUUGGUAUACUGUUACCACCACUGCACAUUUCUUGUUGGAUUCUUUGUUGUAAGAGACCAGAGUGCAGAUAUUUCUGCAAACACUACCAGUUUCAGGUGUCAAAUAUGUCAUAUGUACUACAUGUUGGAUGCAAGACUGCCUUUGCACUUGUUUUGUCGUUCCUGAAUAACUAUCAUCUGAAUUAAUUGCUGUAUAUUUAAAUGUUAUUAGUAUCCGACGAGUAUCUGUUUAUAAUUACUGACUUUAAGUUGUUUUGCUGUCUGUUAAAAAGAUGUGAAUGUGAGAAAAAUAGAGAAGUUCUAGAAAAGCGUCUGUGAACCACCUGCUGUUUUUUAUAAGCUGAAUUUGUUUUUGUGUAAUGCAAUUUUCAAUAUUUGAAAGAAAUUAAUAAAAAUCAACAACCCCGGG